AUUGGCCCACUAUAUAUUGCUAUGGCUCUCUUCUUCGUUAACGUCGUCCACUGCUCCUAUACUGUUUCUCCGCCACCACGAUUCUCUCUCUUUUCUCAAUUUUCCGAUGGCCGCGUGUGGUAUUGGGCCUUCAGGUGUUAAAAUAAAGAACUUGGAUUUUGGUUCUGCAAGGCCAAAAUUGACAACUCUGCAACCCUUGCAUGGCUUAAGAACGCCCAGAAGUCUUCAAUUUGAUGGUUUAGUGUUGUUGAAUAGACCGAAGAAGUCGAUCGUUGCAUUUCGAACUUCAGCUAUUGAGGAUGGUUCAGCAAAAGCCAGUGUGGAAGAUGAUUCUAAAGAAACUGUAGCAACUGAUGCAGUCAGCCCUCUUAUUCCGAAUGCAUUUGAGGUGGAAUCUCUUUUGGCGAUACUAUGUGACACAACAUCAAUUGCGGAAUUUGAGCUUAAACUUGGAGGAUUCCGGUUACACGUCUUAAGAGACCUGGCCAAACAAAGUGCACCUCCACAGAUUCCUGCUCCUGUUACUGCUCAUGCAGUUGUUGAGACAUCUGCUGCAAAUGGCUCAGCGUCAUCACCAUCGUUGGCACUCUCCGUACCAGCUUCUGCCCAAGGUGGAGGCCAAUCUCUGCUUGAUAAGGCAGCAGAUGAGGGCUUGGUGAUACUUCAAUCUCCUAGGGUUGGGAAUUUUAAAAGAUCCAGGACCAUUAAAGGGAAGAAGGCUCCUCCUUCUUGCAAAGAGAAAGACGAGGUAAAGGAGGGACAGGUGCUGUGCUAUAUUGAACAGCUAGGCGGAGAGAUCCCCAUUGAGUCGGACAUAUCUGGAGAGGUGGUCAAGAUACUUAAAAGGGACGGCGAACCUGUUGGGUAUGGUGAUGCCCUUAUCGCUGUCCUUCCUUCGUUCCCCGGAAUAAAAAAGCUUCAAUAGGUUGACAUACGGUCCUUGCAGCAGUACUUGUUCCGUUCCAUUCUCUCUCUCUGUUCUAUGCGUGAAUGAUUAUUCUGUGAUGUGGAUAUUGUUGAGAAUCAUUUUGGUAGAAUCUCAGAUUAUUUGAACUUGGAAAUGGAAUAGUAGAAUAUUUAUUUUCUCA